ACACACACAAAAAACAUGAAGGUGCUAUAUAUUCUACUGUUGGCACAGUUAAGUUUUCAGCUUCAGUGUGAUAAAACAAUGAUUCAAGCCACAAUUGGAAGCUCAUUCACUAUUGUCUGCACCUACAAAUCAAACCAGUUCCGAUUUAGCAAGAAGUACUGGUGUUCUGGACACUCAAGAGACACAUGCGAAGUUCUGAUGCACACAGAUGGAUUCACUCAUGCUGGGUACAGACAACGAGCCAAAAUCAUUGAUAGAUUUUCUAAAGGCUUGAUUGUUUUUAUAAAAGAUCUUCAGUUGGACGACACUGGAAUCUACUGGGUUGGUAUUGACAAAAUCUAUGCUGAUAUAAUGCUCAGGAUCCAAGUUACAGUAACAAAAGAGGCUGUGAUGAAACCAAAGGUAUGGCCUCUCAGUUCUCCAGAGAUGACAUGCUGGGGACAACCAGUUGUGUUUCGCUGUAAGAGUGAGAGAGGAACAGACGUGCAGUACACGUGGUACAGAGUUGGACACCCAAACAACAUUGUUUUGGACCAUGCAACUGAUAUUCAUUUCCACUGUUCAAAGAUCACUGAAGACAGUCAGUUUUUCUGCUCUGCCUCUAAUAAUAUCAGCAGCCAAAACAGCGAAUCUGUCUCUCUGCAACUACUUCAACCUGCAGAAAAGGGCUGUGUUUAUCUCAUUACAUCAAAGACUCUCACAAGCUAUGACUGCAUUAGAAGCACAACUCCUCCCUCGACAACCAUCAAAACAACUGAGAAAUUCUGGAGCUCUGCUAGACAUCAGACAUUGUAUAUUAAUCAGACCUGGAAAGAAAGCUAUUUUCCAUGGUCAUGGUCUUGGUUGCCACUGUGGUAUGAGUGUCUUCGUUGGCUCCUCUCCUCAACUAUGGUCACCAUUUCAUGUGUAGUGUACAUAUACACAAAGUCAAACCCCAGAAGAGUCAGGACUCAAGCCAAACACCACAAAGAAAUCUUCAAUUACAACAGCGAUGGUAAAAAGACGUUUGCAAAACAGGCACUGUUUGCAGACAUCGCUCCACACAAGUGCUGUAUGCUGCCUGGGCUUUGUUUGAAGCUAAUAUUCCUCGACAUAGACAAGAUGGGGUGUAAAGUGCUGUGUCUCAGUGUUGUUGCCUUCAUCAUCUGUGUUAUGAAGGGUGAACAUGUCAGAGCACAAUGUACACAGCCUCGUUUUGGAGAGAAUGUCAUCUUAUCAGACCAAUUUAUCUUGACCAAUAGUUUCUCUGAUGGAUCCACUGUAACAUUUGUGUGCGUACCUGGAUAUAAGCCAGUUGACUCGAAAGCAUCCAGAUCAGUGACCUGUUCAGGAAACCGGUGGACAGAUCUGGCCCUCAAUUGCACAAGAAAAUCCUGUGGAAGCCUUGCAGAUUUCUCUCAUGGGAGAUAUGAAAUACCUAAUGGAAUUUUAUUUGGCGACACAGUUACAGCAGUUUGUGACAAAGGAUAUAUGUUAAGUGGGCGUGAAAGUCAAAGAACGUGUCGAGCUGAGGGAGUCUGGGAUGGCAGAGAUCCUGUCUGUGAAGCGGUGAAAUGUCCACCACCUCCAGUAGUAGAAAAUGGGCAGCUUGAAGAUGUGCCUUUGGAAAGUUAUGAAUAUUUACAAGCUGUCACCUACAAAUGUAACAGUGGAUUUACUCUUGUUGGAAAUGCAGAACUUCAUUGUUCUGAAGAUGGAACUUUUCAACCAGCGCCACCAAAAUGUUUUGAUGGGUGUCCAAAGCCUGAAAUUCCACAUUCAGUUAGAACUGGUGGAAAAUCCCCCCCCUACAAACUGAAUCACUUUAUAGAGUACAAAUGUGAAACUGGCUAUAAAAUGGAUGGAAACGGUUAUAUUGUGUGUACAGAAAAUGGAUGGAACCCUAAACCAUCAGAAUGCACUGCACAAUGUACACAGCCUCGUUUUGGAGAGAAUGUCAUCUUAUCAGACCAAUUUAUCUUGACCAAUAGUUUCUCUGAUGGAUCCACUGUAACAUUUGAGUGCGUACCUGGAUAUAAGCCAGUUGACUCGAAAGCAUCCAGAUCAGUGACCUGUUCAGGAAACCGGUGGACAGAUCUGGCCCUCAAUUGCACAAGAAAAUCCUGUGGAAGCCUUGCAGAUUUCUCUCAUGGGAGAUAUGAAAUACCAAAUGGAAUUUUAUUUGGCGACACAGUUACAGCAGUUUGUGACAAAGGAUAUAUGUUAAGUGGGCGUGAAAGUCAAAGAACGUGUCGAGCUCAGGGAGUCUGGGAUGGCAGAGAUCCUGUCUGUGAAGCGGUGAAAUGUCCACCACCUCCAGUAGUAGAAAAUGGGCAGCUUGAAGAUGUGCCUUUGGAAAGUUAUGAAUAUUUACAAGCUGUCACCUACAAAUGUAACAGUGGAUUUACUCUUGUUGGAAAUGCAGAACUUCAUUGUUCUGAAGAUGGAACUUUUCAACCAGCGCCACCAAAAUGUUUUGAUGGGUGUCCAAAACCUGAAAUUCCACAUUCAGUUAGAACUGGUGGAAAAUCCCCCCCCUACAAACUGAAUCACUUUAUAGAGUAUAAAUGUGAAACUGGCUAUAAAAUGGAUGGAAACGGUUAUAUUGUGUGUACAGAAAAUGGAUGGAACCCUGAACCAUCAGAAUGCACUGCGGUGAAAUGUCCACCACCUCCAGUAGUAGAAAAUGGGCAGCUUAAAGAUGUGCCUUUGGAAAGUUAUGAAUAUUUACAAGCUGUCACCUACAAAUGUAACAGUGGGUUUACUCUCAUUGGAAAUGCAGAACUUCAUUGUUCUGAAGAUGGAACUUUUCAACCAGCGCCGCCAAAAUGUGUUGCGAUGAAAUGUCCACCACCUCCAGUAGUAGAAAAUGGGCAGCUUAAAGAUGUGCCUUUGGAAAGUUAUGAAUAUUCACAAGCUGUCACCUACAAAUGUAACAGUGGGUUUACUCUCAUUGGAAAUGCAGAACUUCAUUGUUCUGAAGAUGGAACUUUUCAACCAGCGCCGCCAAAAUGUGUUGCGGUGAAAUGUCCACCACCUCCAGUAGUAGAAAAUGGGCAGCUUAAAGAUGUGCCUUUGGAAAGUUAUGAAUAUUCACAAGCUGUCACCUACAAAUGUAACAGUGGGUUUACUCUCAUUGGAAAUGCAGAACUUCAUUGUUCUGAAGAUGGAACUUUUCAACCAGCGCCGCCAAAAUGUGUUGUGCAAUGUUCAAAGCCUCGUUUUGGAGGGAAUGUCAUCUUAUCAGAUGAAUUCCACUCGACUGUUAGUUUCCCCAAUGGAUCCACUGUAACGUUUGAGUGUAUAUCUGGAUAUGAGCCAGUUAACUCUACAGCAUCUAAAUCAGUUUCCUGUGUGGAAAAGCAGUGGACAGAUCUGCAGCUCAUAUGCAUAGGUACUCAUAACCCAACACCAGAUGCACAUCAUAGAACUCCUGUAUAUGUUAUAGUGCUAUCAGUGCUGGGAGUGAUUGCUGUAGCUGUACUUGGGGUUACUGGAGGAUAUUAUUACGUCAAACAGAAAAAAUGGGUGCUCAAAGCCUGAAGUUCCACAUUCAAUUAGAAUUGAAUUCUAAUUCAAUUCCAGGUCACUAGGUAAGUCAUGUUAUAAAAUACAAAUGUGAAGAUGGUAUGACAUGAAAGGAGUGGAUGAAAUUUUGUGUACAGAAAAUGGAUGGAACCCUGAACCACCAAAGUGCGAUCGUAAAAACAGUAAGGAAACAUUGUUUUUAAUGAUUUUAAUUGUAUUACAGUAUGAUUGCACACCCUUUUAUUUGCUAUUAAUGUCAGUCUAUGAAAGAGUUGUAUGAAAAAGUAAAACAUAAUUAAAGGAAUUGUUUGCCCCAAAAUGAAAAAUGUUCAUGUACUACCCCUCAUUUCAUUUGAAGAGAAACAGUUUUAGUAAUUGAGCUUUUGUUCGAGUUAAUCAUCGCAUUUCAGUGAUUUGUUACCAAAAAUAUAAAGAAGUAAUGAUUGUGAUGAUUAGAAUGGUAUUGGAGCUGUUAGAGUUUUGCAUCAGAUUCAAUUGCUGUAUAGCACUGGUUUUUAACAGUGUGGGGGGCAUGAAAGACUGCCCUAGUUUUCAUAUCUCGUUCACUUACACAUUUAAAUUUGUGAUGUACACACAAGAAACAAUGAAGUUUGGGUGCAAUUUCAUCUCCUUAUAUGGUGUCUAGUGUGCUUAAUGUGCUGCAGUUAUGUAAACGAAGAUGCUCCCGUGUGUGCUCCACAUUCGAUGGGUAAAGGGGAAGAUUUUCAUGAAUCAAGACUUAAAUUUCAGUCUGUUGCUCCAAAACACUAUUGAAUGGCUUUAGAAGACUUGAAAUAUAGCUUAAAAAUGGUAUGGAUGUUUUUUUUCCCCCCGCUAAGUGGACCCUGGAUAACCCACACAUCGUCCUCCCAACCCCACACCAACUUCACCAACUUUCCUUGUUCAAAUCAUGCUUUCUUGAAUAAACUUAGUUCCUAGCCAUAUAUGUAAGUGCAGCCUAGUUCUAGCAGGAAGACUAGCAGCUGUACAUCAUCGCACUAUUAGCUAGGUAACUCCAAGCCAAUCACAUGUAAACCAUUGCUUUAUAAGUCUGCUCACAUACUAUCACAUUAAUGUUUCAGUGUGCUAACACGGCAACCUCCACCACCCCACCGCCACCGGUUGAGUCCCUUCCUGCACGGGGGUAGGCUCCUCGCCCCUGCCUCCUAUCUCCGGCAGGAUCUGAUGGUUCCGAGUACAACUUAUUCGGGCCGCCAGACAGGGCUUACGCCAAAGAGAGACAUUACAUUCCUGUUUUUAUAUUCAUCAAAUAAAUGUUACUCAAAACUUUACUCUAAAACUAAACAUCUAAAACUUUACUCAAAUCUGCGAGUCUUCCUGAUAAAACAUGGAUUAUUUGUAUUAUUUUUCUAUGCUAUUCUUGUUCUGCUUUAAACUUGGUUCCCACAUAAAUAAACAUGGAAAUAUCAGGGAAUAUUAAAAUUGUGAUUUCCAGGCCUGGUAAAUUUAUGGAAAUGUGUAUAAAAUGAUUAAAAAAAAUGAUCGUUUCUCCCCCUCUGUGCCAUAUAUUUCUGUUUGAAUCUCAGAAUUUCCUUCUUAUUCUAAGUGCUAUAGGAAUUGAGUGGAAAUUUUAAGAUUAAAUAGUCUUUUUUCCUCUUACUGUUCUCUAAACUGUACCCUUUGUAACCCACCCACUCUGAGUUCUCCUGAGUCUUGUUGUUGAGUCUCCUUUUGCUAAUCAUCCUUUCAAAUAAGACGACCACCUCUGUUUGUGGUUUUAGUAAUCAAAUCAUAAAAUGUUAAGGAAGGACGCUGUUUACACCAUUAUUAAGCAUUGUCCACUUGUGAACAAAUCGCACAAAAUAUUUUUUAACCAGGUGUAAACAUUAAACCAGGUGUAAACUGUCGCUGCAUCCAAAAACACAUACUUCCCUAAUUUUCAGUAUGCCAAAAAAUGGAGUAGAAUCCUUGGACACCCUACAAAACACUGAAUUUAAAACACUGAAAAAAAGAGAAAGAAAAAAAGGUCAGGGAACUGCAAGUCGUGUUGCAGACUUUAGAUCUGAAUUGAUUGAUUUUUUGAUGUUGUUACUAUGUCAUAUCAGUGGUGAUUCCAGAAAUCUCCAAGUGAGUGAACCUUGGUGAAACAGGGUGGACCUCUAUUCUGUGCCUAAUUUCAUUGUGAGUAUAAUGAAGUGUAGGCCUACCCCUUUCCUCAGCCGUUAUGAGUCAACAUUCGCUCAUUUACACACAGCUUGAUACUUAUAGUUGCAUAAUUACUAGUACAACACCCCCCAAUAAUCAAAACAAGCAAGUAAAAGAAGUUUGGGUAAAAGAGGAUGCAGUCACCCUAUUUUAUGUGGCUGUUUUUUGUGUGUUUAAGUACCCCGCAUGCAGGAUAUGAAAUGUUCUCGUCGUUAGACACAGUGGCAGGUGAAUGCCCAAUUUUUCCAGCACUUACAUUUUUCAUAUAUAUAAUUUUAACAAUGUUAUUUUAGAAUAUAAAAUAGGCCUAUAACAUAUCAUACCAGGCUAUUAUUAUAAUAAUAAUGAUCAUAAUAAUCUUGUUCAAGAACCAUUUUUGGGGUUGUACCGAAUUAUAACACAUAUGGCAAUUUACCUUAGUCAGCCAUAUCACCCUGCACACUAUUCCUGUAAAUUGUUCCUAGAUGACUGACAGAGAAGAAAUAGUAAGAACUCGUCAUAUGUGUGUGUGCCACGAGAGCGCCAAGAAACCACACACAGCUAAUCAGACGCGUAUCGAUGGAUGUUCUUUCAUCUGUUCUCAAAAUAUAAAAAAUUUGCCUCUUCAAACGUGCGUCUUUGUGUCUAAUGGCAUUUCAUGUCAUUUGUCACUCAGAGACAUCUUACAGGUCACCUGAAAUACCCGCAUUUGGCGGGUGCUAAUUUCAUUCCCUGGCCGCAUACCAAACCACAGAAAUCCCAUGUUAUCUGCAGAAACUUCUACCACACUCCCACGUAAAAAAAAUACAAAACAAAUGAGAUUAAACAAUGGUAGAACAAAAGUAAACUUUCAUAUAGGCAAGUACAAUUUAGAAUGAAGAGGUUAAGACUUCCAUGAAUUACACACAAAUUACUGAUGAAUUUUCAGUCUUGUUUCAAAGGGGGCAUGACAAAGAAAAAAUUGAGAACCACUGAGUUAAGUUUUCAUGGACGUCCCCGCAUGGUAUUUUACAUGAAUUCAAAUGAUUUAGAUUAAUAUGUAGGCAGAUAUUGUUAUUUAUUCAUAUGUCGUGAUAUAUUGGUACAUAAACCAAUUGUAAAAAACUUUUGAUCAUUUUAAACUUGCAGAUAGCAGUGUUAAGGCCUUGUUGAAUGUGUGCCCUAGCCCAUUUAAGAAAAAAUAAUCAGAUGCAUGAUUUAUUUUGAGAUUGUGUAGGUUUGUUCAGGAAUGGACAUUCCAUAUUUAUUUUUCUUAAAUUAUUAAUUUAAUUUGUUCAGAUCUUAAAAAGGUCUUAAAAGCCUUAAAUUUGUGUCACUGUCUACAUACUACACCAGAUGAUCUAGAGAUGUCUCUUACAUUUCUAUCCUGUUUUUGUUAAAUGUAGUGUAGUUUCGAAUAUAUAUUAUUUAGUUGGAUUCUAACUUCAUAGGAAACAUCUUAUUUUUGUGUGUGCGUGUGUGUGUGUGUUUUUGAAUAAUCAGGUUUAGUCAUUUGCAACACUAAACUGUUGUGAAAUUCCUCUCUGUUUAUUAGGUGUUGCUGGAAUAGGGCUGGAGGACAUUAUUAUUAUUAUUAUUAUUAUUUUGCUAUUAACAGUUUUUAUUGAUUCCAUACAUAAAUCAUACAAACAUAACAUAAAAUACGGAAUCAAUUAUAUACAUUAAACCCCUCCUCCGAACAUUCCCCCACACCCCCCACCUGACUCAAACAGGCACUACAAUGGUCACCAACAAUUAUAACAUAAAUAAUAAUAAUAAUAAUAAUAAUAAUAAUAAAUAAAUUAAACAUUUAAAAAAGAGAUAUAUUUUCAAACAACAUCAUCUAUUCUAGAAUAAAUCUUAUGGACUGAUGAAAAAAAUUUAUUGUCCCUCCCAGAUGGGUUCAAAAGUCUCCAAAUAUCUGUGAGACCGAGAUUUUUACAUAUCCUGUAAAGCGUCAAUGUUGCUCUAGGGGGCUUACACACUUUGGCUUCACUAUGAUCAAGGACUGAAUCCAUCAAUAGAUUAAAGUCUCCUCCCAAUAUUAUAUCAUGAGGAGUGCCAGCGGCUUCCAACAUCCCUUCAAGAUCUAUAAAAAAAGCCCUGAUAAUCAGCGUUAGGUGCAUAAAUAUUAGCCAAAAUCAACCUUUGCCCCUGAAUUUCUGUUAAAACAAUAAUGACUCUUCCUAAUUUAUCUUUAAUCUGUUUGAGACCUUUGAAUUGUAGAUGUUUACUUAUCAAUGUAAUGACUCCCAUGCUUUUACUUAAGCCAGCACUAAAGAAAACAUGCCCACCCCAUAUCUUCCCAAAUUUUUCAGCUUCCUGCGAGGAAAGAUGUGUUUCUUGAAGAAACACUAUAUCACAUUUCUUAUGUUUAAGAAAAGAAAUAACCUUCCUCCUUUUUAUGGGGUGCCCCAACCCAUUCACAUUCCACGUGGUGAGAGACAAUCCACUCAUACUAACAUUUAACAUUUUGACAUAUUAGAAAAAAUAGAUUAACAAAAAUAAAAUUAUAACGACCACAUUCCAACAUUAGAGCAGCAAUCAAACCCCGAACUUCCCCCAGAACCAAAUAAACAGAGAAAAAAAAAAGUGUGCAUUAACUCCGCGCACAACAGCGCCAACCGGCAUCUAUCCCUCUAAACUCAGACAGUCCAUGUACGCCUACGAGAGACCCCGCGACAACUUUGCCAUCGGAUUGCUCAAGUCUGGUGCUUCUAUACACAUUUUUUGAGAUAGAAUUACAAACAGAAAAUAUUUUAUAAAACAAACUCCAGCCAAUAAGUGGGAAAAACACAAAAAACUUGUAGAUUGCCCCGAAGGAGUGUUCCUCCACAAAACAAACUCCAGCCACUAGCGGAACCGGCACACACAAAAAACAUUUAAAAAAAGAGGGGGUGGGGUCGUUCAUUUCCUCGGACAGUCAAACGAAUGUUCAGUGAGCCGGUCCAGUCGGUCAUUACACGGGUGCAACACAUGCCCUAAUCACUCCAAUGUCCUGCAAGAAAUAUUCCACAAAACAAACUCCAGCCGAUAGGAGGCAUAAGCACCAAGAACAAGCAGAUUCAUCCACAACUGUCCCGAAGAAAUGAUUCUACACAAAACAAACUCCAGCCGCUAGGUGGAACCAACACAAAAUGAAACAAAAAAGGAGCUCAGUUUCCUUGGACAGUCAUGUUUAGUGAGACAGGUCCACUAGGCAGCAACAUGAAAAUCACCAAAUGGCUUACUCACUCCAAUGUCUUUAUGAAAGACAUCGCUUGCUGUGGGCAUGUCAAUUCUCUACGUCCAUCCUUAGUAUCUAUUCUCAGGCCAAAAGUUUGGAAUAAUGUACAGAUUUUGCUCUUAUGGAAAGAAAUUGGUAUUUUUAUUCACCAAAGUGGCAUUCAACUGAUCACAAUGAAAAAAAAUUUCAGAACUUCUUAAACUACUUCAAAGAGUUCUCAUCAAAAAAUCCUCCAUGUGCAGCAAUGACAGCUUUGCAGAUCCUUGGCAUUCUAGCUGUCAGUUUGUCCAGAUACUCUGGUGACAUUUCACCCCACACUUCCUGUAGCACUUGCCAUAGAUGUGACUGUCUUGUCAGGCACUUCUCACACACCUUACAGUCUAGCUGAUCCCACAAAGGUUCAAUGGGGUGAAGAUCCAUAACACUCUUUUCCAAUGAUCUGUUGUCCAAUGUCUGUGUUUCUUUGCCCACUCUAACCUUUUCUUUUUGAAUUUCUGUUUCAAAUGUGGUUUUUCUUUGCAGUUCUUCCCAUUAGGCCUGCACCCCUGAGUCUUCUCUUUACUGUUUUACAUGAAACUGGUGUUGAGCGGGUAGAAUUCAAUGAAGCUGUCAGCAGAGGAUAUGUGAGACGUAUAUUUCUCAAACUAGAGACUCUGAUGUACUUAUCCUCUUGUUUAGUUGUACAUCUGGCCUUCAACAUCUCUUUCUGUCCUUGUUAGAGCCAGUUGUCCUUUGUCUUUGGAGAAUGUAGUGUACACCUUUGUAUGAAAUCUUCAGUUUUUUGGCAGUUUCAAGCAUUGUAUAGCCUUCAUUCCUCAAAACAAUGAUGACUGAUGAGUUUCUAGAGAAAGCUGUUUCUUUUUUGCCAUUUUUGACCUAAUAUUGACCUUAAGACAUGCCAGUCUAUUGCAUACUGUGGCAACUCAAAAACAAGCACAUAGACAAUAUUAAGCUUCAUUUAAUGAACCAAAUAGCUUUCAGCUGUGUUUGAUAUAAUGGCAAGUGAUUUUCUAGUACCAAAUUAGCAAUUAACAUGAUUAUUCAAGGAUAAGGUGUUGGAGUAAUGGCUGCUGGAAAUGGGGCCUGUCAAGGUUUGAUCAAAAAUGACUUUUUUCAAAUAGUGAUGGUGCUGUUUUUUUACAUCAGUAAUGUCCUGACUAUACUUUGUGAUCAGUUGAAUGCAACUUUGGUGAAUUAAAGUACCAAUUUCCUUCCGAAACAGCUAAAUCUGUACAUUAUUCCAAACUCUCAGUGUAUGUAUGUAUAUAUAUAUAUAAGUAUAUACAGUGCUGUGAAAAUGUAUUUGCCUCUUCUUGAUUUCUAUUUAUGUGUAUUUUUCAUACUAAAUUGUUUUAGAUCCUCACACAAGAUAUAACACAAAACAAAGGCAACCUGAGUAAACACAAAAUACAGUUUAAAUGUUUAUAUAUAUAUAUAUAUAUAUCACAGAUAAUUGAACAAGAAAUUAGUCAAGACUAUCGUUAAUACCAUAUGCGCAUGCAUUUACAUGUGUACUGUAUGUAUGUUCGCUUAAAUAAUGUGCCAGCCAGAAGUUUGCACCACAAAAUAAUAAUUCUUUCACUUGACAGACUGUGUAUAAAUUGUCCGUCAAGCUGCCCGAGUCUUUUUGAUAUACCUUUUUUUUCCCUUCUAUUUUCUGUAAAGCUGCUUUGGAAAAAUAUGUAGUGUCCAAAGCAUUAACCAAAUAAAGGUGAAUUUAACUGA